CAGGAUCGCAUCAACAUCAAUUCCGACGCGCCGAUAUUUCACCAUGACGACCCACGCACCCCGCGUGCCUUUCGCACCGCUCGACAACCCUCGUCUGCAACAUCUCGCGAAUGCGAAGAAUCGUCAGAAUGGCCUCUCCUCCCUCAAGCCCUCCGCAUUCCCCGGCAAACCCAGCAAACUUGCUUCCAGCACCAUCAAGACGACUUCACCUCCCAACAAACGCUCCUACGAACCCUCCAUCUUUGAAGACUACGACUCCGAAAAUGUCGACCCAUCCACCUUCGACUCUCCUCCCAAAAAGGCCAAAUCGUCCGACGCGAAACCCUUCACAUUUACCCUCACCUCCACAAAAUCCAUGCCACCUCCCUCGGCAUUCCCAUUCUCCACUCCUAUCAAGUCCAACAUCUCCGCUCCCCGCACGCCCAUGACUGCUCCCGCUGGACGCUCCCCGAAACGCAAAAUAGCGAGCAUCAGCAAGAACCGACGAGUCUCCGCUCCCUUCUCCCGGAUCGAUCCACCAUUCGCACAGCGCUCCACUUCCGCCUUGCCAUUCUCUCUCGACGCGGCGUUGAGCGGCAGUCUUUCUGCCACUCCACCGCCUCAAAGUGCCGGCGCUACCAUCCAAGAAAGCAUGCCGAAGAACUGGUUUUUCGAAAUCUAUGAGGACACACCCGACGAGCUGGCAGCCAACCUCAUGGAGCACAGCGCAUCGACGCUGGAUCUCUCCUCCGACGACGAAGGCGGCAAGCGAGAGGGGGACGGUCGCGGAAAGGAGAACACCCCGCCGGAAGGGUAUGAUGGUCCGGGAAUGGUGAGGGAGGUCGCCGCAACUGGAGAGAGGAGGACGAGGAAGGUGGAGAUUGUCAGGCAGAAGGUCGAUGUUGGCGAGAUGGAUGAUGGGGAGAGGUCGCCGUUGUCCGCGUUGGAGACGGAGGCGUUUAUUCCGGAGGGAUUGGACAAGGAGUCGCAUGUUGUGGUUGAGGAAGGUGUCGAUGUUGUUGAGAGGAAGGAAGUUGUGGAGGGAAAGAAGGUCGAGGAAGAGAAGGAUGGGAAGUCGUUGAAGAAGGCGAAGCGGGCGUUGGAGGAGGAGAGUGAGGUGCUCGUUUGGCAAGAUGACGAGAAGUAG